AUGCCACCUCCACCUUCUAAAUGGAAAGGAAGGUGUGAGUUCAAUGCAUCAAGCUGCAACAACAAACUCAUUAGCGCAAGAUCCUUUACAAUUGCUGCAAAUGCAAUGGCUUCAAAUAUAAGCACGACACCAAUAGAUGAAUUUGGACAUGGGACACAUACUGCAAGCACAGUUGUUGAACGAUUUGUUAAGAAUGCAGAAGCGCUCGGUGGUGCUAUAGGUGGAACAGCCGUCGGAAUGGCACCGUAUGCUCAUCUGGCAAUUUACAAAGUAUGCUCCAAUGGAGAUUGCCCUGACAGUGACAUACUGGCGGGGCUUGAUGCAGCAGUGGCUGAUGGAGUUGACGUGAUAUCAAUGUCUCUUGAGUUGGAUGAAAAAGUGCCCUUUUUUCAGGACAACAUCGCGAUAGCUUCAUUUGCUGCAGAUCAGAAAGGAAUCUUUGUGAGUUGUGCAGUAGGGAACUCUGGUUCGAUCAAUGGCACUGCAACAAAUCUAGCAUUGUGGGUUCUAAUCGGUGGUGCUAGCACCACCGAUCGGAAAAUCAAAGCCACCGCAAAACUGGGAAACAAUAAAGAAUUUGAUGGUGAAUCUUUAUUUCAGCCGAAAGGCUCCCCUUCUUCUCCACUUUCACCACUCAUGUAUGCUGGUGCUAAUGAGAAACAAGAUUCCAAGUUAUGUGUCAACGGAUCACUUGAAGGUAUGGAUGUCAAAGGAAAAGUUGUGUUGUGUGAGAGAGGUGUGACAGCAAGAAUAGACAAAGGAGAAGUGGUGAACAAGGCAGGUGGUGCAGCUAUGAUAUUGAUGAAUCAAGAAGAAGAAGGAUUCAGCCUAAAUGCUGAUGAACACGACCUCCCUACAACACAUGUGAGUUAUGCAGCUGGAGAAAAGAUCAAAGCUUACAUUAACUCAACAGUAAUACCAAUGGCAGCUUUAUUGUUCAAAGGAACAGUAAUCGGAGAUCCUUUAGCUCCAUUUGUGGCUGCAUUCUCUUCUAGAGGCCCAAAUACAGUGAGCCCAAGAAUUCUGAAACCGGACAUUAUUGGACCAGGAGUAAGCAUUCUAGCAGCAUGGGGAAGCAUUAGCAGCAGAGUACCCUCAUUUGACCUGCUGUCUGGAACGUCAAUGUCAUGCCCGUAUCUCAGCGGUGUUGCAACACUGUUGAAAGCUACUCAUCCUAAUUGGACACCAGCAUCUAUAAAUUCGGCUAUAAUGACAUCUGCAUACCUUAUCAAUCUCAAAGGUACACCAAUAGUAGAUGAAACACUCCAACCAACUGACCUAUUUGCUACGGGUUCGGGUCUUGUUAACCCAUCAAAAGCCAAUGAUCCUGGAUUGAUCUUGUUUAGCUGUCAAACCAACAAAUAA